AUGGUCUUCAUCAGGAGGUCAGUGUUCCAUGGUCUUCAUCAGGAUGUCAGUGUUCCAUGGUCUUCAUCAGGAGGUCAGUGCUCCAUGGUCUUCAUCAGGAGGUCAGUGCCCUUAGUCUUCAUCAGGAGGUCAGUGCUCCAUGGUCUUCAUCAGGAGGAGGGCAGUGCUCCAUGGUCUUCAUCAGGAGGUCAGUGCUCCUUAGUCUUCAUCAGGAGGUCAGUGCUCCAUGGUCUUCAUCAGGAGGUCAGUGCUCCAUGGUCUUCAUCAGGAGGUCAGUGCUCCAUGGUCUUCAUCAGGAGGUCAGUGCUCCUUAGUCUUCAUCAGGAGGUCAGUGCUCCAUGGUCUUCAUCAGGAGGUCAGUGCUCCAUGGUCUUCAUCAGGAGGUCAGUGCUCCAUGGUCUUCAUCAGGAGGUCAGUGCUCCAUGGUCUUCAUCAGGAGGUCAGUGCUCCAUGGUCUUCAUCAGGAGGUCAGUGCUCCAUGGUCUUCAUCAGGAGGUCAGUGCUCCAUGGUCUUCAUCAGGAGGUCAGUGCCCUUAA